AUGACCGGAACCGCGGCUCAGGGCAGGUCCGAGUUCCUGACCAUCGUCCCGGCACAGGGAGACAUUUACCUGGGCACCUCCUAUUACUUCAUCUGCAAAGUCGAGGCUCGCCUUCGAUGGCUGGGACCUGGUGGGGAAGAGGUGACUCUUGGAGGGUCCCCCUUCUCGGCUGAGCCCAUCGACGAGGCUUCAGUGGGGUUGCGAGUGACUCUGAGCGAGCCAGAGAAGCCCCGUAUCCUCAGCCUUAACAUCAGCCCCACGGUUGGGGAGGAGGGGUCUGUCGCGGAGCUGCAAUGCAAAGUCUCAGGCAUCCCCCAGCCCAACAUUACCUGGGAACAUCAGGGCUUGGUCCUCGGAGAUAAGGGUCGGGUGUCGGUACCGGAUGGGAUUCUGAGCAUCCGGGAGCUGGAGCCGUCGGAUGCCGGGGUUUACACUUGCGAGGCGUCGAUAGUCGAGCGCAGGGAGAGAGCGCGGGAAAACGUGACGCUGAGGGUGACUUUCCGUCCCCGGCUGGAGGGACCCAAAGGCGACGCGGUAUGGACGCGCAGGGGUCGAUUGACGGUGCUGGUGCACGGGGAAACAGCCACCGGAACUCUGCCUAUCUUGGAAGGGCAACAGCCUCCGGGAAGUUCGCCAGGGGGCGCCCCAUCUACUCACCUUCCAGUUCACUCCUUCUCCGAUGGAGAAGGCAGAUUUCACCCCGAUGAAGCUCCUGGCCUCCAAUUCUUUUGGCACCACGGAGCUGGAGAUCCAGGUACUGGAAGUACCAGGGACCUUCAAGGACUGAGUUUGGGUGUGACUGGGAGCCUGGAAGCCCGGGUGUCUGAAGGCGCUGGAGCUGAAGGCCCAGAUGCCUCUGACUCGGGGGUGGGGGCCAGGACCACGCAAUUGUUCAGAAUGUGGAGGGUACCAGUGUCCUUAAAGGGGGGAGAUAACCUUUUGCUCUCCCUGCAAAAGGAGGUGACAGGCCCCGGGAUAGGUGCCUCUAUGUCUGGGGUACAGGCAGCUGUGAUAACAGCUCUCUUCUUGAAGGACACGGGAGAGGAGGCAAGCAAGGCCCCCUUGGGGAUCCAGGGGAGGCUGAGGCCGUGUCCAGGAUCCUGGCUGAGGGUGACGGGUGGCUUCUGUCCCCUCUUGUUUCCAUUGUCCUCCCUCCACCAGGACAAUUAUGAAAUGCACUCAGUGGAACUGGGCCGGAUGGGCCCUGGGGGAGACAUGGGAGCAAAGCUUCAGAAGAAGAAGAAAGGAGGCGGUGGGGGGAAGAAGGAGAGGCUGGAGAACAUGAAGAAAGAGAUGGAAAUUAAUGAUCACCAGCUUUCGGUGGAAGAACUGGAGAAGAAAUACCAGACAAAUGCAACGAAGGGUCUGUCCACCCGCUUGGCAGCUGAGAUCCUGCUCCGAGAUGGGCCUAAUGCCUUGCGCCCCCCCAAAGGCACGCCUGAGUAUGUGAAGUUUGCCAGGCAGUUGGCAGGGGGGCUCCAGUGCCUCAUGUGGGUGGCAGCAGCCAUCUGCCUCAUCGCCUUUGGCAUCCAGGCUGGAGAGGGGGACCUCACCACAGAUGAUAAUCUCUACUUAGCUCUUGCUCUCAUCGCUGUCGUUGUUGUUACUGGCUGUUUUGGUUACUACCAGGAGUUUAAAAGCACGAACAUCAUUGCCAGCUUCAAAAACCUUGUGCCACAGCAAGCCACCGUGAUCCGAGAAGGGGACAAGUUCCAGAUCAACGCUGACCAGCUGGUGGUGGGAGACCUGGUAGAGAUCAAGGGAGGUGACCGCGUGCCGGCAGACAUCCGUGUCCUGUCUGCUCAGGGCUGCAAAGUAGACAACUCUUCGCUGACUGGAGAGUCAGAGCCACAGACCCGUUCUCCAGAGUGCACCCAUGAGAGCCCCCUGGAAACACGCAACAUCGCCUUCUUCUCCACCAUGUGCCUGGAGGGCACAGCUCAGGGCUUGGUGAUAAACACCGGGGACAGGACCAUCAUUGGGCGCAUUGCGUCACUGGCCUCGGGUGUAGAAAAUGAGAAGACACCGAUCGCCAUAGAGAUAGAGCACUUUGUGGAUAUCAUUGCUGGCCUUGCCAUCCUCUUUGGUGCCACCUUCUUCGUCGUGGCCAUGUGCAUUGGCUACACCUUCCUCCGGGCCAUGGUCUUCUUCAUGGCCAUUGUGGUGGCUUACGUGCCCGAAGGACUGCUGGCUACUGUCACGGUCUGUCUGUCCCUGACUGCCAAACGCCUAGCUCGGAAGAACUGUGUGGUCAAGAACUUGGAGGCUGUGGAGACACUGGGUUCUACUUCUGUGAUCUGCUCAGACAAGACAGGAACGCUUACUCAGAACCGCAUGACUGUAUCACAUCUAUGGUUCGAUAACCAUGUGCACACAGCUGACACAACUGAGGACCAGUCGGGACAGACCUUUGACCAAUCUUCAGAGACAUGGCGGGCACUGUGCCAGGUGCUAACCCUUUGUAACCGUGCAGCCUUCAAGUCUGGCCAGGAUGCGGUGCCAGUGCCAAAGCGCAUUGUGAUAGGAGACGCCUCAGAGACAGCCCUGCUCAAAUUCUCAGAGCUGACCCUGGGUAAUGCCAUGGGCUACCGGGACCGCUUCCCCAAGGUCUGCGAGAUCCCCUUCAACUCCACCAACAAGUUCCAGCUGUCCAUUCACGAGCUGGAGGACCCGAGGGACAGGCGCCAUGUGCUGGUGAUGAAGGGAGCCCCUGAGCGGAUACUGGAGAGAUGCAGCUCCAUCCUCAUCAAAGGCCAGGAGCUACCUCUGGAUGAGCAAUGGCGGGAAGCCUUCCAGACUGCCUACUUAGCCCUGGGGGGGCUGGGCGAGCGGGUGCUCGGAUUCUGUCACCUCUACCUGAGCGAAAAGGAUUUCCCGCGAGGCUUUGCCUUCAACCCCGAUGAGAUGAACUUUCCCAACAGCGGCCUCUGCUUCGCUGGGCUUGUCUCCAUGAUCGACCCUCCCCGGGCCACCGUACCAGAUGCUGUGCUCAAGUGUCGGACGGCGGGCAUCAGGGUGAUCAUGGUGACAGGUGACCACCCAAUCACUGCCAAGGCCAUAGCUGCCAGUGUGGGCAUCAUCUCGGAGGGCAGUGAGACAGUUGAGGACAUUGCUGCCCGCCUCCGUGUGCCAGUGGAGCAGGUCAAUCGUCGGGAUGCUCGUGCCUGUGUGGUGAAUGGGGCCCAGCUGAAGGACAUGGACCCAGCUGAGUUAGUGGAGACCCUACGCAUGCACCCAGAGAUGGUGUUUGCUCGGACCAGCCCCCAGCAGAAACUUGUCAUUGUGGAGAGCUGCCAGCGGCUGGGAGCGAUAGUGGCCGUGACCGGGGACGGGGUGAACGACUCCCCUGCCCUGAAGAAGGCGGACAUCGGCGUAGCCAUGGGCAUCGCGGGCUCAGACGCCGCCAAGAACGCGGCCGACAUGAUUUUGCUGGACGACAACUUCGCUUCCAUCGUUACUGGCGUGGAGCAAGGGCGUCUGAUCUUCGACAACCUCAAGAAGUCAAUCGCUUACACGCUGACCAAGAACAUCCCCGAACUGACCCCCUAUCUCAUCUAUAUCACUGUCAGCGUGCCCCUGCCCCUGGGAUGCAUCACCAUCCUCUUCAUUGAGCUGUGCACUGACAUCUUUCCCUCAGUGUCUCUGGCCUACGAGGCGGCAGAGAGCGACAUCAUGCACCUGCGGCCUCGCAACCCCAGACGCGACCGGUUGGUGAACGAGCCGCUGGCUGCCUAUUCUUACUUCCAGAUAGGUGCCAUCCAGUCCUUUGCUGGCUUCACUGAUUACUUCACAGCCAUGGCCCAGGAGGGCUGGUUCCCCCUGCUCUGUGUGGGCCUGCGGCCCCAGUGGGAGAAUCACCACUUACAGGACCUGCAGGACAGCUAUGGCCAGGAAUGGACCUUCGGCCAGCGUCUCUACCAGCAGUACACCUGUUAUACCGUGUUCUUCAUCAGCAUCGAGAUGUGUCAGAUAGCAGACGUGCUCAUCAGGAAGACCCGCCGGCUCUCUGCCUUCCAGCAGGGCUUCUUCCGGAACAAGAUCUUGGUUAUUGCCAUCGUAUUCCAGAUCUGUAUUGGCUGCUUUCUCUGUUACUGCCCGGGAAUGCCCAACAUCUUCAAUUUCAUGCCCAUCCGGUACCAGUGGUGGCUCGUCCCAAUGCCCUUCGGCCUUCUCAUUUUCAUCUAUGAUGAGAUUCGAAAGCUAGGCGUGCGCUGCUGCCCAGGAAGCUGGUGGGACAAGGAGCUGUAUUAUUAA